UUAUAGGGUGGGAGCUGUGUCUCUCUUUCCCCUCUGCGGCGUCGAUUCAUGCAAUUAACCUUCAGAGUCUCACCAACCUUCCUUCUGACUCGCCGGAAUCUGACCGAGCUGUGUCACUGACACACAGCUCUCCCGACGUUCCCCCAAACACUUCAAACAUGUCCGUUGCCAACGCCGACAUAUCUCCAACUAUGUUGGAGUCCUCGACGGUCAGGGAUAUUCCCGCCCUUGACAUCGACAAGUGCAGCCCAGCGGACAGGGCGCAGUGGGUAACAAACCCACCAGAACCGCCGGGAAUUUGGCGAGACCUCCUCAACUCUCUCCGCGACACCAUGUUUCCUAAUCCGACCAAGCUUUUCUCCCCCAAAAGAAACACCCGAAUUGCUCUGCUCGGUUCCCUUUUGCAGGCCGUCUUCCCCAUCCUCUCAUGGGGCCGGAGCUACAAUCUCGCCAUGUUCAAACACGACAUCUUUGCCGGCCUGACCCUUGCCAGCCUCUGCAUUCCCCAGAGCAUUGGAUAUGCAAAUCUGGCGAAGCUUGAUCCACAAUAUGGCCUCUAUACAAGCAUUGUGCCGCCACUGGUUUAUGCAGUAUUAGGAACUUCAAGGGAAAUAGCCAUCGGCCCAGUGGCCAUAGUAUCUCUGCUUUUACCGUCGCUGAUCGGGAAAAUUCAAGAUCCCGCCGCCGACCCACUUGCCUACAGAAACCUCAUCUUCACCACCACUUUCUUCGCCGGAAUCUUCCAAGCCGCCUUUGGGUUCUUACGGCUGGGAUUUUUGGUGGAUUUUCUAUCACAUGCCGCCAUUGUUGGAUUCAUGGGGGGAGCUGCCAUUGUUAUUGGGCUUCAACAGCUCAAAGGAUUGCUUGGCCUCACUCACUUCACUAACAAAACUGAUAUCAUCUCUGUUAUGGAAGCUGUGUUUGGAUCAUUCCGCCAUGAAAAUACUCGGUGGAACCCAUUGAACUUCAUCAUUGGCUGCUCCUUCCUGUCGUUCAUCCUCAUCACCAGAUUAUUGGGGAAAAAAUACAAGAAAUUAUUCGGGUUAGCAGUCAUAGCCCCACUGUUGUCUGUAAUCCUCUCAACCCUUCUGGUGUUCCUCACAAGAGCCGACCAGCACGGCGUCAAGAUCGUAAAACGAGUCCCCGCCGGCCUCAACCCCAUCUCCGCUCGCCACCUCCAAUUCCACAGCCCUCAAAUCUCCCAAAUCACCACCGCCUCCCUCAUCGUCGCCGUUAUAGCUCUCACAGAAGCUAUUGCUGUCGGGAGAUCCUUCGCCUCCAUGAAAGGAUACACCAUUGAUGGCAACAGAGAGAUGGUUGCCUUAGGCUGCAUGAACCUCGCCGGCUCUCUCACUUCUUGCUACACAGCCACCGGCUCCUUCUCCCGGACGGCCGUGAAUUUCACUGCCGGUUGCCAGACGGCGGUUUCCAACAUAGUAAUGGCUGUGACGGUGAUGAUAUCAUUAGAGGUGUUAACUAAGCUGCUCUACUUCACUCCCAACGCCAUUCUAGCCUCCAUAAUUCUGUCGGCACUUCCAGGCCUCAUUGAUUUUCAUCAAGCUUACAAUAUCUGGAAAAUCGACAAGCUCGACUUCUUCGCCUGCCUCGGAGCCUUCCUCGGAGUCCUCUUUCUAUCCGUCGAGUUCGGCCUCCUCCUCUCGAUUGUGAUAUCAUUUGCAAAGAUAAUUCUAAUCUCAAUCAAACCUGGGACUGAGAUUUUGGGCAAACUCCCUGGAACUGAUACCUUUGGUGAUAUCCAUCAAUACCCAAUGGCCCUCAACACUCCUGGAGUCCUCAUCCUCCGUGUUAAAUCUUCCUUACUUUGCUUCGCAAAUGCCAACUUCAUCAAAGACAGGAUUCUGAGGAUGAUCAGCAAUCAAGAAGAUGCAUCAGGGAAGAGAGGCAUUCAAUUCCUAGUGAUUGAUCUCUCAAAUUUAAUGAACAUUGAUACUUCUGGAAUUGGUUCUCUUGAAGAGCUACAAAAUGGUUUGGGAGGCAGUGGAGUAGAGUUGACCAUUGCAAACCCAAAAUGGGAAGUGAUUCAUAAGCUAAGGGUAGCAAAUUUUGUUGGGAAGCUGAAAGGGAAGGUGUUCUUGAGUGUUGGGGAAGCUGUGGAUGCAUGUGUUGCAGCUAAAUUGGGAGCCAUGAUCUAAAUAACUAUCACUUUCAAUGGAAUAAAUUAUGGAACAAUACUCCUACUUAUGGUUUGUCUCUUGUAAUGUGGGGAUUUUAAUUGGUCUAUGGUACCAAACCAACAAAUUAUGGGUUUGUAAAAUAUGUGUGAUUAUAAUAAUUGUUGGGGAAA